AUGCCGCCAUUGCCUAGUCGACCAGGCAUCGUCACGCAUGUCCCAGAACCGAUUGAGCCUCCGUCGCAUGGGGUCAAGGCUGCUACCGAUCCGUCGCGCUCAGUCCCUGGACGGCCACCCAUGGGAUCGACUAGUGUCACGGGUACCAUUGAUGGUGCGAGCAGGGACGACCAGCCUGAUUCAUUGUCUUCCGUGAAAGGUCCAGUGGCGCACGCCACACCCCAGGCUCCUGUGUCACAGGUAUCGCAGUCGCUGGGAGUGCCGCAUUUGGCCGGAAUACCCCCACUGUGGCCAUCGUCCGCCCAUACCGCCAAUACGGCCUCCAGCACGAGCCAUCCGGUGUCCAGUGGAGGCGCUGCUGGCACUCUGCCUCGGCCUUGGGCAGCUCCCAGUGGUGGCCAGAACGCUCCAUCGCCACAGACGAGGCCGACCACCAAUCCCAUAUCGCAGAGGCCCGGUCCCAUCGUCAGCGGGAUGAUGGAUCCUACUCCUGGCCCACUGCUACAGCUGGGAACGUCCGCCGCAACGUCUAGCAUGGCAGGUACGGCCGAUGACGGAGAGUUGAUGAACCGUAUGAACAUGAUCGAGUCUCAGCUUCCGUUACUGAAAGAGCGGGCGAUGCAACUGGAGCGCAAGUAUCUCCGCGCGCAUGACGCAUGCGCGCGAUAUGAAGCUGCUGCUGCACAGGCAGUGAGUACCGCGCAAGAGGCGCUAAAGCGGUCGCAGUUCUUCGAGGACGGGCUCACACAGUACCGGCAGCUCAUAGAUUAG